UCACAAUUCAAUCUACUUUUGACUGCAUUCAUACACGACAAAGAGCCAAAUCUCACGUUCGCGUCUUACCUUUUGCACCUGUCUUGAAGCCCGAACAUCAUGGCUGCGCGAUUGAGACUCGAGAACAAGGUCUGCAUCAUCACAGGCGCCGCAUCCGGAAUCGGUCUUGAGACAGCCCAUCAAUUCGCCGCGGAGGGAGCGAGACUCUUGCUCAGUGAUAUCAAUGAACAGGCUCUCUCCGCCGUGGUGAAGGAUGUAGAAGCCAAGUUUCCUGGGUCCGAGGCUGAAGGCGUCAAAUGCGAUGUGUCAAAUGAGAGCGAGGUCCAGGCUGUUGUGGAGAGGGCAGUGAGCAAGUGGGGAAGACUGGACGUUAUGUUCAACAAUGCCGGAAUCAUGCACCCUGCUGACGAUGACGCCGUCAAUACCGAAGAGAAGAUCUGGGAUCUGACCCAGAGUAUCAACGUCAAGGGAGUCUGGUAUGGCUCAAAGCACGCAGUCAUCGCCAUGCGAAAGAACCAAGCGGACCCUUCCAGAGGACUUGGAAGAGGUGGAUCCGUCAUCAACGUCGCUUCCUUCGUCGCUAUCAUGGGUGCAGCGACUCCUCAACUCGCGUACACCGCAUCCAAGGGCGCGGUGCUCGCUAUGACCCGUGAGCUGGCCAUGGUGCAUGCGAGGGAGAAAAUCAGGUUCAACGCUCUCUGUCCGGGUCCCAUUCGAACACCGCUUCUCAUGGACUUCCUCAAUACUCCUGAGAAGCUAAACAGGCGUCGGAUUCAUCUUCCACAAGGUCGAUUUGGAGAAGCCAUUGAGCAGGCGAAAGCUGUCGUGUUCUUGGCUUCUGAGGAUUCUUCUUACGUCAACGGCACAGACUUUUUGGUCGAUGGAGGUCUUCAUGCGUGCUACGUCACUGCCGAAGGCGAGCCUGUCGAAUAAGGGCACCUUCCCAGUCGGGAUUACCAGCCAGGCUCUGCUGUUGUCUCAAGCUUUUGGCUAAGCUUUUGAAACCCAUGCAUUUAGGAUCUCAAUAGA